AUGAGUCCUUCCAACAGUUCCAAGUCCAGAUUUGGUAGUGUCCUUAUCGCAGGAGCUCGUAACUUCUCUGCUGUAUCGGUUCAAACGAGGAAUGGAAACUCUUUGGAACAGAUUUGUGUCUCCACUACCAUACGUGAGAAAAGGAUAUUACUUUGCGCAGUAUACAUUCACCCCGACCGCAGUCGUGACGUGGGGGUUUAUGAUUCCCAUUUGGCUUCUGUGCGUGAGCUGUGUGACCGUGCGUCUUCUGAUGACACCGUAUUGGUAUGUGGCGAUUACAAUCAGCCUCAUAUUGCAUGGGAAUUACAUGCUAACUCUGUUGUUGAUCUGAAUCCGUCUUUGACCUCUGCGGCGAGUGAUGUUCUAUUGGAUGGAAUCACCUUUCUCGGUCUCCAGCAGCGCAACUUCAUUCGCAAUUUUCGUGGCCGAACACUGGAUCUGGUUUUUUGUGCUCCCGAUAUUAACAUCGCUAUCAACGAAUCUGUAUCGCCACUGCUAGCGGUGGAUUUGCACCAUCCUCCGUUAGUAUUAUCGUUAUCGGAUACAAGAGGAGCAGUGUUGGCUGUUGAGGAUCGGAACGAAGGCGAACAAGCGUUGAAUUACGCAAAAAAUAAUUUCGCUGCAUUUAACGAGUUUCUGAGUAGCUACAAUUGGAACGCUCUUGGUCAGGACGUUUACGACAUGGCGACGCGUUUUUGCGAAAUCGUUUGCAACUGGCUCGUGACGAAUACCCCACGAAGGAAACCUCCAAUGUCUCCAGCUUGGAGCACUCCACUUCUUCGUAAUUACGCCGUCGAGGAACUGUUGAAACCAUACACAACUUUCAACUCGCUAGCAGUGAAUCCAAAGAGCUUCUGGAAGUUUGUCAAUUCCAAGCGAAAAACAGCAGAUAUUCCGUCUAAGGUGUUCUCGGGCGCUCAGGAAUCGUCCUCCGUUUCUGAAAUGUGCGAUUCAUUUUCAAAACACUUUGCAUCGGUGUUUGUCGCUGAUGCAGCCACCCCGUCAGAAGCCGAGAGAGCUGCAGCUAACGUUUCAGAGAGUUUAAUAGACUUGGGACCAUUUGUCGUUACCCCACAGAUGGUUGAGAAGGGCGUAAAAAAAUUAAAACGUUCAACAGUUCCUGGCCCAGAUGGCGUUCCAGCUAUAGUUUUUUGCCGCUGUGCUACAUCUUUGGCUUUACCGCUCUCCCGUAUUUACACAGCUUCGCUGAGUCAAGGGGUUUUUCCAGAUGUGUGGAAGCAUUCCUUUAUGUUUCCCGUGUUUAAGAAAGGUGAUAACUGUAACGUGGCUAACUAUCGUGGCAUAACCAGUUUAUCUGCCGCCUCCAAGCUUUUUGAGUUGAUCGUGAACGAUGCUGUCUUUUUCGAAGUUAAGCGUUAUAUCUCACCAGUACAAUAUGGCUUUAUGCCAGGACGCUCGGUAAGCACCAAUCUUCUCGAGUUUUCGUCGUUUUGUAUCAACCGUCUAGAGGAACGCGCUCAAGUUGAUGCUAUCUACACCGACAUAAAAGCCGCUUUCGAUCGAAUUGACCAUCGCAUCCUACUGAGAAAACUAUCCCGUCUUGGUGCUACCGACAAAUUCAUCAACUGGCGAGAUCAUACCUGUCUGGAAGAACGCUCCGUGUCAAGCUCCUGUCUCACACUUCAUCUCCGUUUGCUGUUUCUUCGGGUGUUCCGCAAGGCAGCAAUCUUGGACCACUGCUGUUCGCGAUCUUCUAUAACGAUGUGUCGCUUAUUCUAG